AUAGCCACACUGCAUUUGACAGGAAGAUUAAGAAAAUUAUUAUUAUUGAAACAGAUUGACUAAUGGCCAAGCCUAUUUUUCUGGUUUAGUGUUUUUUUGUGAUUCUUGUUUUAUAUUUUGAUAGUUUAAAAAAAUAUUUCACGACAAUGGUUGUCAAAGUUUAUAUCAGUGGAAUUUCUGGAAACAAAGAGGUGAAAAAACGACAACAGCGAGUACUAAUGAUAUUAGACUCUAAAAACAUAAAAUAUGAUGUCAUUGAUAUAACGGAGCCUGGUCGAGAGGCUGAUAAAGACUUUAUGCAAAACAACUCCAAGUCGAACGGAGGCACGGUUAGCGACCCCAACCCGCGCUCCCCGCUGCCACCGCAGAUAUUUAACGACGACGAAUAUUGUGGGGAUUACGACCAAUUUGACCUCGCCAACGAAGUAGAUACUCUGGAACAAUUUUUGAAGGUAGAAGUGCCUCCAGAGGAGCCUCCUCAGGAGGAAAACAAGGAAAAUGAAUUAAAUGGUGAUGUAAAAGCAGGUGAUAAGUCAAAGGAAAGCUCACAAGAAAAAGAAUCAGCCUCAAAGGAAGGUACACCUGCAAAAGAAGGUACUCCAGCUAAGGAAGGCACUCCAGCAAAAGAAGGGACCCCUGCAAAGGAAGGUACACCAGCAAAAGAAGGGACCCCUGCAAAGGAAGGCACCCCUGCCAGAGAAGCCACACCAGCCAAAGACAGUGCGGCUUCGAAGGAGGCAUCCCCUGCUAAAGAUGGCAGUGAGGAACGCUCUGUGAAGGAAGACUCCCCAGCAAAAGAAAAAUCUCCUGAAAAGGAAGCAUCACCAGAAAGACAAAAGUCAAUAGAGAAAGAAGGUACACCUUCAGAAAAAGCGGCAUCACCUGAAAAAGAGACUGAUGCUGACUCUAAGAAAUCGAAAGAAAAUAGCCCUGAAAAAGAGGAAUCUGUCAAUGAGAAUGGAACCGUCAGCUCUCGUGAGCAGUCUGAGGAGAAGGAAGCAGGAGGCGACGCUUCUGCAGAGAGGAAAAAGGAUCCUUCUGAUGCAUUGAUUGAGAGUGAGAAGAUAGCUUCGGAAGACUAAAGGACUGGUCACUAUGGUAAUUGCUUCUCAGCUCAAAUCAAGCCCUAUUAGCACUAAGCAAGCACUAUUCAUUAAGUCUGUUCUGUUGUUAAAAGCAUUAUUACACUUCUUUGGCAUAAUUAGUCAUUGUAUAUACUGCAAAGAAGUAAUUGUUGGGUACUGAAGUUUGUGACGAUGUACUGAAUGUGUUUACUAUGACGUGGCCUAUUAUCGUAUAUCAUUAGACAUAUUCAUUUCAGAGUAAGAUUUUUUAACAAUUUUCCUUCAUUAAGGCUUGUAUUAUUUUAAAGUAUUAAUAUUUCUUUUUUACUUUUAAUUUUUGGCAUUAUUCAAAACAAAAUGAAUUAUUUUUUAGGAUUAAAGAUUAUUUAUUUAUUGUUGUGAGUAUAUUACUCAUUAAGAGUGCUCCUUUUUGUACGAGAUAUAUUUUAGAGUAAUUUUAUUAUACACAAAAAAUAAGGAAAUUAUUUGCAUUCAUAUCGAUUUAUUUAUAUUCAUUAAUGAUGACAGCUUGAAAUGAGCAUUCUUAGAAAGUAAACAUGCACUGCUUACGUUUUGUUUGUAAAACCUUUCUCAUGACAAACUUAUUUCAUCAAUUAUUAAUAUUAUUAAAGACAUUUUUUUGACUAAUUUUCAUACGAAUUAUAUAAAAGAAUUAAAAAAACAA